AUGGAGUUCUGCAUUUCAGCAAUAGCACCAGCUAUGCCCCAAUUCAACCUCUCUUUAGUCUCUUUUUCCCCUUCUUCUCCUUCACUUUUCAAGAAUGAUUUUCUUCAAUCCAAUAACAGACUAUUGUUCAAUCCUCUCAUGCAAUUACCAGUUCCAUCUUCCCGCCAAUUGUCUUUCCUACAAAACCCGCCCCACAAAUUAAGUUCGACCCGGUUUGUGGCAUCAGCAGCACCCGUCACUGUCGAUAGCACUGUAACUGACAAACUCCCUGCUGAUAUUCAAGUCACUGAAACCCCUGAACCAAAUUCUAGAGUAAGGUUGAGUGUUGAAGUUCCUGCUGAAGUAUGCGACGAUUGUUACCGAAGAGUCAUCAAAGAGUUUAUGAAGCGCGCAAAGGUCCCUGGGUUUCGUGCAGGGAAGAAUGUUCCAGAAAGCAUUCUCAUAGGUUAUGUCGGGAAGGAAACUGUUCAGAAGGCGACAAUUGAAUCUAUUCUGAAGAGAACUAUUCCACAUGCCAUGUCUUCGGUGAGCAAAAGAGCCUUAGAAGACUCAGUCCGCAUUUCAACAAAGUUUCCAGAGAUGGAAAAGACUUAUUCUUCUAUGAAAUCUCUGAGAUAUGAUGUUAUUGUUGAUGUGGCACCUGAAGUCAAAUGGAUACCUGAAAAUGGAUAUCAGAAUUUGAAGAUUGUUGUUGAGAUUGACAAAGAAAUAGAUGCUCAGACAGCUGCCGAACAGGAAUUAAGACGUCGACACAAGGCCCUCGGUGCACUAAGAAUUGUAACUGGCAGAGGACUUGAGGUAGGUGAUGUUGCUGUCCUUGAUAUAUCAGCAACAACAAUCGAGCAAGACGAAUCAGCUGCUAAAAGAAUACCAUCUGCUGAUAGUAAAGGGUUUCAGUUUGAUACAGAAGAUGGAGAUAAAAUUCUACCUGAUUUCCUGCACUCAAUUAUUGGAAUAAAACGUGGAGAAACAAAGUCUUUUCCAUAUGUAUUUCCUGAAUCGUGGAAACAAGAAGAUCUUCGCGGUGUCAGUGCUCAAUUCACAGUUGAAUGUAAAGAACUAUUCUACAGAGAUUUACCUGAACUAGAUGAUUCCCUUGCUGAUAGGAUUCUGUCUGGAUGCACCACCAUUGAAGAGGUGAAGGAAACGUUGCUGCAGAAAUUUCUUGAAGUGGAGCAAACAGCUAAGGAACAAGCAACGGACAAUGCCAUUCUAGAUCAAUUACAGAAAAUGAUCGAAGUUGAUAUUCCUCAAUCGUUGUUUGAGGAACAAGCCAGGCAGCUUUAUGGAGCCCAACUUUUGCAAAUACAGGCAAAUAUGAAACUCAGUGAACAACAAAUGGUGUCUUUAUCAAGUCCGAAGGCAGUGAAGGAGUUCAUGGAAAGCCAAAAAGAAAAUAUAGCUAGUAUUAUACAGCAGAAUAUAGCUGUUGGUGACAUAUUCAAACGUGAAAAUUUGCAGAUUUUAACAGAUGAGUUGGUCAAGGAGGUCGAGAACUCGAUUGCUGAAUUCAAACGUCAUAACCAAGAAUAUGACGAGGAGCGUGUAAGAGGACAGGUACAAGAAGUACUUGAGGGAGCAAAAGUGCUUGAAUGGCUGAGAGAGCGUGCAGAUAUACAAUAUAAAAUGAAGUGA